AUGCACGAAAUCAUCACACUACAACUCGGGCAGCAAGCCAACUACCUCGCCACUCACUUCUGGAACACCCAGGAAUCCUACUUCACCUACUUCCCAGACCAACCCGACUCUCCCGUUGACCACGACAUCCAUUUCCGGCCCGGUCUCGCUCCCGAUGGCACAGAGACCUACAUGCCGCGCACGGUAAUAUACGACCUCAAGGGCGCUUUCGGCACCCUCCGCAAGAUCAACGCCCUCUACGACGUCAACGACGAUUCCGCUCCGCCCCAAGCCCUCUGGCAAGGCCAACCAAUAGUCCACCGCUCCCCGCCCAUCCCCGAGUCGCCCUACACGGAAUCGCUCAACCUCGGCCUCCCGCCGCCCCGCCUCACGCCUGACACCGUCCGCUACUUCUCGGACUACUCGCGCGUCUUCUAUCACCCGCGCUCCGUCGUCCCACUGUCGGAGCACGACGUCAACUCGGCCGUCGCCGCCCCCAUUGAGCGCCACGCCACCGGCGAGGAGCUGUUUGCCGACCUCGACCGCGAGCACGACCUGCUCGACCGCGACCUGAGGCCGUUUGUCGAGGAGGCCGACCACAUGCAGGGCGUGCAAGUCUUUGCCGGGUUUGAUGAUGCCUGGGGCGGGUUUGCGAGUCGCUAUGUCGAGCGCGUCAGGGAUGAGUAUGGCAAGGUUGGGGUGUGGGUUUGGGGGCUGCAGGCGCCUGUGAGCGGAGUCACCAGGGAUAAGAUAUUGCUUCGGCUGGCGAACAAGGCGAGGGCCAUGACUGAGGUGUACAAGCAGGCUUCGAUUAUGGUGCCGCUGGCGGUGCCGGAGAGGCGGCCGGGAAAGGUGCAGCUGGAUUUGGGGUCGCACUGGCAUACCUCGGCGUUGUUGGCGGUGGCGGUGGAGAGCGCCAUGUUGCCGACAAGGUUGAAAGAUCCCGUGAAGCGCGAAACUUUAGGAGGGAUGGCCGAAGUGCUGAAUACGAUGGGGAAGCAAAGUGUGGCAGGCUUGCAGAUGAGCUUCGCCCGGCCGGAAGCCGAGGCGCAAAAUGACUCCCGGCAGAAGGAGUUGUCAGAGGAAGAGCUCUCGGAGGGCGUGCAGCUUGACAUUCGGUUCGCGCCGUCGGACCAGCUCGAAUGGUAUCCACGGUCCAAUGGAUUCGACAGGCCUCGAGUGUUCAGCCAGCUGCUUGUGGCAAGGGGUUAUGGUGACGAGGAGGCCGAGGAUGUGGAGAUGGACGAGGCAGGACGAAGAGUCCGACGGAGCUUAUACGAGCCGGUAACGAAGAGCUACAACACAGCCCUUCGGUUUCCUCUUCUGGAUAGCUUCCCUGAGAUUUUUCGGGGCGAUAACGAUGAGCCACUAUCUGAAGCCCUGAACAUCACGUGCAGCAUAUCGACCGACUCGUCAGUGUCGACCAAGUUGAAACAGCUUCGAUCGACGGUGAUACGGUCCAUCAGCCUGGAGGACCGUGAAACGCUUGGGAAUGAGCUCAUGGAGAUGGCUGACGAGUAUCACGAGGGAUGGUCAAGCGGGAGCGAUGAAGGGGAGGACGACUGA